UUGAUUGUCAUACCUACCCACCUACAUACUAGUCUCUUAGUCUCCUCUCCCACACGGAAGUAAACCUAUCCAUGUCCCGUCGCCAAAAUUGAGGUUAUUCCAAGAAAAUUACACUUGUUCACAAUCGCAUGUUUGAUGCGACCUUGUACCCAAUCAAUCUUCUCUUCCUUCCCUCCUCUUCCCUUUUCAUGCAACUCCGUACCAGGGAAUCAAUUAACUUUUCAUUUGAAUGGCUCGAAUGGUCUUGACACACUCGACAGGCUCUAUCCAUCCGUACCAAGACUUUCUUUCUAUAUUGAGGCGUCAUCCUGACGACUACGUACACACCACCGAGAUUAUUGAUCGAUCCUCUUAUCAAAAAUCAUCCCAAAGGACCAAAGCGAGAGAGAGAGAGAGAGAGUCCUUCACUGGUGAAUGAAGUUCAUUCAUGAUCCCAACCCUUCCAAGCAUCCAAGCAUUCAAUCAUCCAAGCAAAUACAUAACAAAAUAUACUUUCUUUUCUUUAUAUAUAUUUAUAUUUCAUCUUCAUAAAUAUCAUCCAAUUCCCUUCACGACGACAAUGCCAUCAAACAUUAUCAACAUCAAGUCAAAUCUUCACUCCCCAUUACUACCACCACUCCUACUCUCCUUCUUACCAUUCAGUUCUUACCAUCCAGACCAUCCAGACCACCCAGACUAUCCAGAGACCUUACCUGACCUCCUACCUACCUAGUUCACAUCAUUGCCAUUUCCAUUAAACAUCCAUCUGAUUAAAAGCUUCAAACUCCACAAGACUCGGUCCCGAGAUAAAGUCCGACUUACACUCAAGUCUAACCACUCCAUCAAUCCAGGUGACAUACAAUUUUUAUUUCUUUUGCCAAGCCUUCAAUUCUUUUCAAUUCCGAUAUAAGGAUAAUAGUGCCAUUCGUUCUCUUCUGUCUCUCUCUUGAAUUUCAUGAAAAAAUACGCAUACAAUACACAAGAAAGUCGAAAGUGAUCACCACAGGCCAGCCCGCCCUUACUUCGUUCCCGGUACCCCUCGCCCUUUCCUGCAUACGCGAAAUCCUCCACUCACGCGUAUAAAUUCUAGCUUGGCUAUGCGACAAACCUUCGCAUUUACAACCGCAGCCAUGGCAGCAGCUUUAGAAGAUACCCCCGUUUCCUACGAAGAUUUGGCUGAAAUUGAAAGAGAAUUUGAUGAUGUUGAAACAGAAAUCAUUCGUCAACAAGUUUCCCUCACUCAACCUCUGUAUGCCCGUCGCAACAAAACUAUCUCUCAGAUUCCUAAUUUCUGGGCCUUGGUACUCGAACAAGCUCCUCCAGAUAUAGAUCAAUAUAUUCAACCUUCCGAUUCCGCUCUUCUACUUUCCUCACUUAUCUCCCUACAUGUAUCGCAUUUCGAACUCGAUGAUCCACAGUCCACCAAGGGAGGAGAUCCAAGAUCUGUAUCAAUUACAUGGAUUUUCUCUCCAAAUGAAUAUUUUACAGAUGAUAAAUUGGUCAAGAAGUUCUGGUAUCGAAAGAGUCUUGGAGGUUGGUGUGGUUUGGUCAGUGAACCUGUUAGGAUUCAUUGGAAAAAGGGAAAAGAUUUAACCGGAGGUUUACUGGAUAUGGUUUGUGAUGCUUGGGAUGCAGAACGAAAGGAAACUUCGAAAAUGACUCCACAACACAAAUCUCUCGAGAAGAAAAUGAACAAUACAAGUAUGGGAGGUUUAAGUUUCUUCGCAUGGUUUGGAUUUAUUGGUCGAAAAGUUAGUGAGGCAGAAAGUAUAGAAGCAAAUGCGAGAGAUUUAGCAAAGAGGAAAGCUCGAAAAGAUGGAAAGAAGGUGGUCGAAUCGGAUAAUGAUGAGGUAGAGGAAGAUGAGGAAGAUGAUGAAGAUGACUUGGGAAUGAAAUUGGAAAUCUUUCCAGAUGGUGAUGAUCUUGCCAUUGCUAUUACGGAAGAUCUAUGGCCUGGUGCCAUCAAAUAUUUUACCGCAGCACAAGAACAAGAUGCACUAUCAGAUGCAGAUUUUGAAUCAGAUGGUGAUGAUGAUGAAGAAGAAGAAUCGAAUGAAGCAGAGAGACCAAAUAAGAAACAAAGAUCCUCUUAAUCAUCAGGAUCAAAUAUCUUUUUGAAUUGAUUUGGUUCUAUAAAGGGUCUUUAAAAGGGUCGGUUGGGUUAGGCGAUCUUCAGAAUGGAUAUGAAAAGUUUGUUUAUUUUUUAUAUCCUGGUUGAAUAUCUCGGGGUUGGUAGGAAAAGUAUGGUUUGCUUGAAUGGCGUGGUGUUUUUUUGACUCGGAUUUGCAAUUGCUAUUCGAUUGGAUUGAUUGAGUUGUUUGGAUUGAAUGAAAUUUGAUUAAUGCAUUAAGAUAAGACGAUAAAUUAUCAACAAUCGCAAUGGGGAGUUAGAAUCGGAGUUCGCGUUGAGGCUUGAGAUUUGGGGUUUGAAUUGGAGAGGUGUCUUUCUUUAUUAACUUGUGAGGAUGGUGGUUGGUGGUGGAUUGGUCAGUGGUAGAUGGAUGGGAGAUAGAAGAGGAUGAAAGAAUGGGUGGGACGAUACAGGAAAGAGAUUUAUAUUUGGUAUCUAGGUACUCGAGAUCAGUGCCAUACUCAUUCAUACUCAUGCUCAUGAAUGAGCUAUAGAAAUAG